UUAAGCCCCUGGGUGGAUAAAGGAACUGACAGAGAGAAGGGGAUUGAGUUACCCUUGAAGCAGACACACAACAAGAAAUCCAGAUUUGGGAGGAUCUAUGUUUAUGGAGCAAGUCAAAUGGGGAAGAAUGCCAACUACCAGAAGGGUGCCACAGAAUUAGGAAAAGAAUUGGCAGCCAAGGGCAUAAACUUGGUGUAUGGAGGAGGGUGUAAUGGAUUGAUGGGCGCGGUCGCACGUACAGUCCAUGACAAAGGGCAUCGUGUCAUGGGAUUUCUUCCAAAGUCCUUGAUACCUAGAGAAUUAACUGAUGAUAGUAUAGGAGAGAUUGAAGUGGUGACACACAUGCAUGAAAGGAAACGUAAGAUGGCUCAGAUGGCGGAUGCUUUUAUCGCUUCGCCUGGUGGAUAUGGAACGUUUGAAGAGUUGCUAGAGAUUCUUACGAGGGCUCAACUUGGGAUCCAUAAGAAACCAGUUGGCCUUUUAAACGUUGAUGGCUUUUAUGAUUCAUUGCUGUCACUUUUCGACAAAGCUACUGAUCAAGGAUUUGUAACCCAAGCUGCUCGCAACCUCAUCAUCUCAGCCCCAUCAGCUAAGGAACUUGUUGGAAAGUUGGAGGCAUAUGUGUGGAAUUAUGAAUCUGGCUUUGUCUGGGAUGUCAAGGAUCAAACCCCAAGAAAUGAGUAG